CAAUGCUGGAACACCACAGCUGAAUGCCUGAUGUGUCUUUUCUACCUCUAAAAUAGUGCCUCUGUAAAUUUGCUACAUCCACAUACAACGAUGUCAACAGAAGCAGUACAGAAUGAGAAGAAAAAGAAGUCAGAGUUCUCAACAAUUGGCAAAAUAGCUGCACACAUCCCUGACCUCAUAGUAUACGAUGGUUUCUCCCAGGAAGUGCCAUUCAUUAAGGAUUUUGAUGGGGUUUUACUCUUUAUUGACAUUUCAGGCUUCACGGCGCUGACAGAAAAGUUCAGCAUGAAUACCAACCUGGACUGUGGUGCUGAUGAACUCACACAAACUCUCAACCACUAUGUUGGUGACAUCGUGGAAGAAGUGCUGGCUUUUGGAGGUGACAUCUUGAAAUUUGCAGGGGAUGCAUUAUUGGCACUCUGGAAGGUGGAGCGUCGUGAGAUAAAUCACAUCAUCACUCUGGCCAUAAUUUGUAGUUUCAAAAUACAAGAAGACUAUGGUGUUCGUGACACUGAGGUGGGACAGGAACUACGAGUGAAAAUAGGAGUAUCUGCUGGCCACAUUUCAAAGGUUGUUGUUGGAGAUCACAUACAUCAGCAUUUCCUAGUUAUUGGUCGGGCAGUGGACGAAGUUCGGUUGGCCCAAAAUUUAGCAAAAGCUAGUGAAAUCAUCCUGUCACCAAAUUGCUGGGAGCUCUGUGACCGAAAACUAAUUGUAGUGGAAAAGAUUCCAGGUGAAAGAGCUGUUAAGGUUAGAUAUAUUAAGAAUCUACCUGGAUUUUCUACUGCAGAGUUACUUGUAAGAUGUGCAGAGCACCUGGAUCAAAAUCUUAUCAGUGGCAAGACUGGUAUCUUCAGAUAUGCGUCUCUGUUGACUCCAGAUGAAGAACUGGAGAAUCACUUGCGAAAAUAUGUGAUGAAGAACAUUUUGAGGAAGAUUGAUGAUAACCAGCCAUUGGAAUAUUUAUCAGAGCUUCGUCCUGUUACCACUGUUUUUGUGAAUUUGCAGUUUGAUGCAAGUGCUAACACUGAUCACUUGUGUAAGACUAUCCAAGCUGCCAACAUGGAGAUCACAAGAGUCAUACACUCACUCAGUGGCAAGAUGAAUAAAGUCUUCAUGUUUGACAAAGGCUGCACAUUUCUUUGCGUCUUUGGCCUUCCCGGGGAUAAGCAAGCCGAUGAGAGCACAAAUGCCCUUGACAGUGCCCAUGAAAUCCAUGCUUUCUGUUCUACAUCACUCAUGAAAGUGAAGAUUGUCUCUAUUGGGAUCACCAGCGGAUCAGUUUUUUGUGGAGUAGUUGGUCAUUGUGAGAGACAUGAAUACACAGUAAUUGGCCAGAAAGUCAACCUUGCUGCCCGGAUGAUGAUGUGUUAUCCAGGCCUAGUGACUUGUGAUUCAGUCACCUAUGCCAACUCAAAACUGCCACAUUAUUUCUUUGAGGAGCUCCCAUUAAUUGAAAUGAAAGGCGUUCUGAACCCUGGAGCAGUUUAUCAAUACCUUGGCAUCACAGAGAAAACAAUGAUUUACAAAUCAUACCUGACCAGGGAAAGAUCUGAACAUUAUCCUUUGUUAGGUCGCAAGAAAGAAACUGAUGUCUUUGAGAAUUUAUUGAAUGAUUUUAAAGUCUCCCAAAAAAGCCAUAUCAUGGUGUAUGAAGGCCCCAUGGGAUAUGGAAAAAGUCAGCUGAUGGCUGAAGUUGCCUACUUAGGGCAAGGUGCUGGUCAAAAGGUUGUGGCAAUGGAGCUCACAAAGAUAAAUGUGUGGCAGAACUUCUUUGCUAUCCGGACACUCAUGGCUAUGGUUCUCGAGAUUGAUACCUGUAAAACAUAUUAUGCAAGACAGUACAUCCUUGCAGGCAAACUCCGUGAAAUCAUAAAGGAAGAGUAUUUAUGUCUUCUCAACAACCUAUUUCAUGUCAAGUUUAAUACAUCACAAGUGGUUUCCAAAAUGAACAAUGAUGUGAAAAACAAAAAGACAGAACAGAUAUUUGUAAAGGUUCUAGAGAACGCAGCGAAGAAGGAAAUUCUGAUUUUUGUCAUCGAUGAAGCUCAGUUCAUUGAUUCAGCUUCCUGGGAUUUCCUAGAUAACAUAAUGAAGAAGAUUGCCAUCUUCGUUGUGAUGUCUUUGUCUCCUAUCAAUCACAAGGAACGCCUGCCUUGCGCCACUGCAGUCCGAAUUUUGAACAGUCCAGACACAACCUUUAUUCAGCUCAGGGAGUUAACUCCCUCAGUAAUUAUUCAGAAAGCAUGCCAAGACCUUGGCGUGGUCAGUAUUGCCAGGGAGCUGGAAAUAUUCCUAAUACAGAGGAGCCAUGGAAACCCAUUUUACUGUGAGGAGCUUCUCUGCAACCUGUACCUAAACAAUGUGCUCCAGUUCCACAUUCUGAAAGAAGAUGAAGAAAGAGAUGACGAGUGGGACAGUCUUUUCACCACCGCCAUUUUGAAGACCAAAGACUCUGAAAUCCUUAACGAUGAGAGUGAAUCAUACAUCUGUACAAUCAGACAGAAUGUGAAGUUGCAUAAUAUAAUGCUGCCUCCAACAUUAAAAGGAAUUGCCCUGGCAGAACUGGACAACAUGAAUCCUUCAGAGCAGAUGGUGGUAAAGUGUGCAUCCAUUAUCGGCGUAACCUUUACCACUGAGUUCUUGCUUCAUAUCCUCCCUGAAUGGACCAAGGUGAAAAUGAACCAAACCUUGGCAGCCCUGGUGGAAUCUCAUAUCUUCCAGUGUUUCAGAGGGAAAAAAAAACGGAUUGCCACCCAAAAAUGGGAUGUCGUCUCCAAUGAACUCUACGUUUGCUCCGCAGUUAUGAAAUCCAUGGGAGAAGAGUCUGAUCCUGCAUUGACUGUUUUCAAGAGGCUCAAGCAAGAGGAGCUGGUGAUGCAGAGUGAAGUCAUGGGGUUCUGCACACCAUUGUUACAAGAAGCAGCCUAUGAGCUCUGGCUGAAGAGUCAGAAAAAAGCAUUGCAUCUCAAAUGUGCUCAUUACCUCGCGUUGCGGGCUCACCGAUGUGAGUGCUGUGGGGAGGGAGACUUCAUUUCCUUCCACCGGUAUGCAGUGGACAGCAUUCUGGAAAACAUAUCUUCCUUGGAGCCAAAACCUGAGAAAACCCAAGAAAGAAGGCUGACUGAGGCUGCUGGAGAGAUUGUUUCAGAAACAUUAAAAAAACUGGACUCCACCGCCUUUGAAGACACAUUUUCCUCUGAAGACUGGAAGAGAAUGAGAGUUCCAAGGCGCACCGUUAGCAGGGACGCUGGACAGAGAAAAUUCACCUUAGAAGAAUCAUUUAGAGCUGAAGUUACAGAAUUAAAGUUCCUAAAGAGGAUGGAUGAAAUCAUCUUGCUGAUUGACACAGGCAAGAAAAGUGUCAAGACCACGGAGUCCUCUGAGUGUCAAUGUGAAGAGAUUCUAGAAUCUGUCAUUGUGCCCUUGUCUCAACACUGUUUGGCUCUUGGCAAUUACACUUUGGCAUUUUAUUACUUAUUGGAAUGUGCAUCCGGUUAUGUUCAUCUCUCCAAUUACUACAUGGCUUUCAUGUAUUUGAACACAGCAGAAAGUCUGUUGAAAUCUUCAGAGGACAAGCGGAAUAUAAUUAGUCACUUUGAGGAGUCAGUUUUCUACAGUCUGAAAGGAGAGGUGUCCUACAAUAUGGGUCAAAUUACAUUGGGGAAAAAAAUGAUAAAGAAGGCUUUGACUUUGUUGAAGAAAAGCUUCCCAUCAACUAUUGUGGGAGUGUUUUUCAUGUAUAUGAUGGAAACCUCAAAGCACUUGUCUCGUCAGAAGAAGAAGGCUCUACGUCAAAAGCUCAGAGGCAGGGAGAAGAAGCUGGCCAUUCUAUACCAACAAGCUCAGUGCCUUUCAGUGUUGUGGCAGCUCUUCAGCCUAGAUCUUGCCAGAAGCAGCAAAAAAUUCUCCCGCUUGGCAGCUCUUAUGAAGGUGAACUGUGCAGAAGAAUCUCAAGAUGAGUCACAGAUAAUUUCCUCCUACAUGGAAUUCUCACUUUGCUGUCAGCUGAUGGGCUACCAACAAGAAUGGCUGAAAUAUGGAUUAAUGGCCAUCGAACGUAGUUUACAUCUUCAAGUUGAUGGAGAACGGCUAUUAAUAAUAGCUAAGCUGGCACAAUCACUGGCCUACACAAAGCUUUGCUUGGGAAACUUGCCCUUGGCCAUCCAAAUGGGUUUUCGAGCACAUGACCUGUGUGAGCAGCUGAAGAAAUCUAAGCUUGAUUGCAUUGUUCUCCUUGAUCUUUUCACUGCUCUUUUUUUGAGUGCCAGAUACCAGGAUGCUGUACUAGUGCUCAGUUGGCUAGAAGAACUCUCCAUUCAAGAUGACAAUGUCAUUGCACAAGCUGCUUUCAUUUCUAGCUGCUUAAAUCUCAUGCUUUAUGCAGGUUUUUCAUUUAAGCCGUUUCAGUACUGCCUAGACUUUCUUGUCUCCAAUCAAACUAACUGCAUUCUCAUGUCUCAAAACAACAUCAUGAUUGGCCUCUACUCUUCUCUGGCAAAUUGGUACUGUUUAACAUUUGAUGGUCCUCUUCUCAGUUCUAGAACUGCAGAACAUAUCGCUUGUAUUAAUGCUUUGGCACUGUGAGCUGACCAAGAAUGGUAUG